GACAGUGUCAGAGGUUAGAGCAUGUGAACGUGCAGUAUUUGAAGCACAGAUCUGGAUCCGCUCAAACCGCCCAAACCAAUUCCCCAACACACAAACACUCGCACUUGUUGUUGUUGCUGAUGCUACCCUCUUCGUUUUUAAUGCUCCGAAAGACACAGGAAGUAAAGGGGUAUUUGUAUAGUAGUAGAAUAGUGUGUUGGUAGAUAGAGAAAGAGAAAUUGUGUGUCUUUGUGUAGGGACUAGUGAGAGAAGAAAAUCUUGGGUUGAGAGUGAUAUAGAUAGUGGACAGGGACAGAUAUAGAUAGAGAGAGAAAAAAAAGGGGAAAGGUCUCAAACUUGAUGUGCUCAGAGCCCCAUAAAAACAUAGCAGGUGCUAGCAGUGAAGUAAUUGAUGUUUCUUCUGCUCCUGCAACUGCUUGCAUAUGCAACAACCAGGUUAUAAAGAAGGCGGUGGUUUGGCUUUUUUGUAGUAAAGUUUGACCAGUGUUGUGUUUAGGGUGAAAAGUGAAAAGAAACACCAAGAGAAAGGAAGUUAUCCUUUGAUUGGAAUAUGAGAAAGAAACAUAACACUUUGCUCUUCUCAUCUCUGCUUGGUAGGUAGGGUUUGUGUGAGGUUGAAAGGAAACUUUACUUGUAGUAGGAGCCAGAAAGAUAGUGAGUGAGAUAGAGACAGGGAAAGCUACACACACUAAACUCCCCAACUGGAGAAACAAAAGUUGAAUUUUCUUUAAGAAAGUGGAGUAAGAGAGUAUUUGUUUCCAAGCAUGGAUGGUUAUGAGGCAACAAGGAUUGUGUUUUCAAGGAUCCAAAGCUUGGACCCUGAAAAUGCUUCUAAAAUAAUGGGUCUGCUUCUGAUCCAAGACCAUGGUGAGAAAGAAAUGAUUAGAUUGGCCUUUGGUCCAGAAGCUUUAGUUCACUCAGUGAUUUUCAAAGCACGCAAGGAGUUGGGGUUGUCUUUGAACUCUCCUUCUGCACCCUUCACACCUUCAUCUCCAUCCCCUUUCCUUUCUGGCAACCCUGUCCCUAUUUCAAGGCAAAGUUCCUGUACUUCCAGGCUCAUAAACAGUGCUAUGAGCCUUCCUUCCUCUCUGAGUAUUCCAAACCCUACAACUAGUUCAGCUUCGUGGACCAGUACCCUAGCUGAACUUCAAAACCCUGAUGAUAUUUUGAUGAGCCCCAAUAUGAACAUUUCAUCUCCUUCCUUACCCUUCUAUGGAAAUGGAGUGUCUGAUCCGGUGGAUGAGUUCCAACUUCAAGACCAACUCUCUUUUCUCAAUGAAGGGUCACCUUCCCUCGUGCCAAAGAGCUCCUCAGAUUUGUUCUAUUCUCAGUCUGAGUUAUCUUCUAGUCCUUCUAACGGCGUUGGUGGUGAUCCUUCUCUUUUUCCUUCUUAUGGUUGGGGAGGGUCACUUCACCGCAGGAGUUGCUCAGUGAAUGAUGCUUGUUUAGGGUCUGAGGACCCUAUUUCAGGAUUGGGAUGGAAGCCUUGCCUUUACUUUGCUAGAGGGUACUGCAAAAAUGGGACUAAUUGCAGGUUCCUUCAUGGAGGACUCGGGGAUGCUGAGGGUGCUGCAAUGGUGGGGUCUCCCAGUAAGAUUGAAAUGAUGGAGCAGUGCCAUGAACUGCUCAGAUCCAAAAGUGUUCAGCAACGACAGAGACAGGCUGUGGCUUCUCAACUCAUGGCCUCUUCUUCUUUUCCCUUCUCACCAAAGUGCAUGAAUUUCCUGCUGCAGCAACAAAGUGAUUCCCAGAGAGCUGCAGCUGCAGCUUUGAUGAUGAAUGAGGAUUUGCACAAAUUUGGAAGAUCCAGGCUCGAAAGAAAUGAGUUUUCUUUGAACAGUCCUGGAUUGGUUAACCCGGCUUCGAGGCAGAUUUACUUGACUUUUCCAGCAGAUAGCACUUUCAGAGAGGAAGAUGUUUCGAACUACUUCAGCAUUUAUGGGCCUGUUCAAGAUGUGAGAAUUCCAUAUCAGCAAAAGAGGAUGUUUGGAUUUGUCACUUUUGUUUAUCCGGAGACAGUUAAGCUCAUUUUAUCCAAAGGAAACCCUCAUUUUGUUUGUGAUGCUCGAGUGCUUGUUAAGCCUUACAAGGAGAAGGGAAAAGUACCUGACAAAUACAGAAAGCAGCAGCUGCAAGUAGAUAGGGGUGAUUUUUCACCUUGUGGUACACCUACUGGACUAGAUGCUAGAGACCCAUUUGAUCCCCAAGUUGGGGGUAGAAUGUUCUACAAUACUCAAGACAUGCUGUGGAGGAGGAAGUUAGAGGAGCAAGCUGAUUUACAACAAGCCCUUGAGCUUCAAAGUAGAAGGCUCAUGAGUUUGCAACUUCUUGACAUUAAAAAGCAACACCAUCUUGCACUUUCCUCAGGAAGCCCAAUUCCCUCCCCCCCUCACUCUCCUAACAUGUUCAAUCAAAAUAUCCUCCUUUCUUCCUUUCACAGAAGCAGCUCAGAGAGCCAAGAGGAGAGUGGUUCAGCUUCUGCUCCCGCUAGCACUGCAUCAAUUCCUGUUGAUCAGCAACCAUUGCAGCAAGCAGUGAACAUUUCUGUUGGCAAAGAAGUGGCAGUGAAUGGGGAGAAUGGAAAUAGUGAUAGAGAUGGCAAGCAGAGUUCCAGCCAUAAAGAUCGUGAUUUACAAGAAUGCUCGGAGCAUAAUCUCCCUGAUAGCCCUUUUGCUUCCCCCACAAAAGCUAUUGGAAACUACAUUGCUGCCUUCUCCAAUGGGCCAAAUGAGGCCAUGGAUUCAGAUGCCUCAGCUGCAUCUGCCAACUCCAAAUUUAGUACUAAUAAUACAUUGCUUCCAACUGCAUCUGCUCUUGACAUUGGCUCUUCUUUCAAAUCCUUUAACUGCCUAACACCUAGGUUCUCUUCUGGCCAGGGAACCAUUGGAAUGUUUGCUGGCACCUGUGGACCAAUUGGUAUUUAAGAUUUAGUAGUUUCUUUAGGUGCAGGAAGAGAAGCAUGACCUAAUGAUCCUGGACAUAAAAAGUCUUGUAGAGAAUCACCACCACUGAGGCCAUCACCAUCAAUCAUCAAUACUAUACUACUUACUACCAUACAAAAUGCAUAGUUGAAAAGCAGUUUAGUAAAGUGGGACACCUAUGCCCUUUCUUUUGUUAUUAUUAUUGUACCAUUUUCACUUCUCAUUUCUGUAGUAAGUUGAACCACAGGUAAAAUUAUAAGUAGCACAGAAUCAGAGUCAAUGUAUAGUAGUAACACCCAUGUUGGAUAUAUUAGUGUUAGUUCUGUCAUGUUGUUAGAGGAAACCUUUUGUCUUUGUACAGCUGAAUCACCACAUGGGAAGAAAGCAUGCAGAGGAGGAAGUGGGAAAAGAAAGAAGAGAUGCACAACUACAAGGCAGAUUCAAAUCUGAUAAGUAAUUGAAACUUGAGCAGGAGUGAGGAGAGGGAAAGUAUAUAUUUUAAUAUUUAAUAGUCUUUCAGUUGGGUGAAAGGUGAAAAAGAAAGGAGAUUUUCUAGCUCUUCAUUUUGUGUUGUAGUGAUGUCUGUACUCCUCAUGUUUAAUUGUGUUAUACACACUUAUCAACUCCUAGAUUAGCAGCAGACAGAAAAGAGAAAGAAAGAAAGAAAAAGCAGAAAGCAAAAGUGAGUUUUAGACUAAUUGGUCUCUUUGAUUGGCUUCCCUCUCUUUUAUUAAUUUAUUUUAUUUUCUUAUGUUUCUUAAUGGAGAAUUUGUCGUUGUUGGAGCAA